UAGCGCUGCAGGGACUCAUCUAUUCCCGAGUUACUAAUAUGCAAAUGGGAGCUUUUGCAUGGGCCAGGCGCCAGGCUGCUGGGUGUCAGGGCACCCGAGGGAGCCGGAGGUGGGGCGAGGCGUGGCGUGGAGCCGCAUGCUCACCUGGCCCUGCAUGGCAACAGGCAAUGGAGCUCUAGGUCCCUUCGGGAGCGGACCCACGCCCGGUUUGAGAGGCAGCGGGUGGCAGAGGAGGGAGGGCAAACUGGCAGCCCCUGGCAACCUGGGGCUGACGGCAGGAGGCUGGGCGCACCGCGGAUUUCCCUCCGCCAGCAGGAUGGUGAACCUGGAGUCCGUGCACGCAGCUGUCCCCGAAGGAGAAAGUGGCCCCGGGUGUGGUGGCGGCCAUCACUUCAAGGAGAUCAAGAUGAGCGGUGAUGCAGCAGAUUCCACAGAUACUCGGCAUGAACCUGACCAGGUGGAGCCAGGGAACGAACAGAAUGGGCUGGACUUUAACAGGCAGAUUAAAACUGAAGACCUCAGUGACUCCUUGCAAUCUACAAUCCCCCCUAGGUCAGGCCACCUUGUGCAGGGAUCAUCAAUGAUGCCCGGAAGCCAAAUUGCAGGGGAUAUGAGCUCUCUCCACACCUUGCAGCAGCUUGUAUUGCUUCCUGGUCAUAUGCAGUCAGUUCCCCAGUUUCUUCUGUCUCAAUCACAGGCCGGGCAACAAGCUUUGCAGCCAAACAUCCUCUCCUUCCCUCAGCAACAGGGCAGCCUUCUCCUCUCCCAGCCAGGACCCAGCCUGGCAUCACAGGCUGUGGGGCGUUCUGGCCUCCCUGGCUCAUCCGUUGAACCCCACCUGGAUGUACCCCAGCAUUUGCAAGUGGCAAAGCACCUAACUCCAUCAGGAGCUUCUGAGGAGCCCAGUGACUUGGAGGAGCUGGAAAAGUUUGCAAAGACUUUCAAACAAAGGCGAAUCAAAUUGGGGUUCACGCAGGGCGAUGUUGGACUUGCCAUGGGGAAGCUUUAUGGCAAUGACUUCAGCCAGACCACCAUUUCCCGCUUCGAGGCUCUCAACCUGAGCUUUAAGAAUAUGUGCAAGCUCAAACCGCUGCUCGAGAAGUGGCUGAGUGAUGCAGAAUCUGCUCCUUUAGAUUCUUCCAUGAGCACUCCCAACUCCUACCCCUCAGUGAAUGAGAUGUUUGGACGGAAAAGAAAGAAGCGAACCAGCAUUGAGACCAACAUUCGCUCCACACUGGAGAAAAGAUUUCAAGAUAACCCCAAGCCCAGUUCAGAGGAGAUAUCCUUGAUAGCAGAGCAGCUCUCCAUGGAGAAGGAGGUGGUUCGGGUCUGGUUCUGCAACCGGCGUCAGAAGGAAAAACGCAUCAGCUGCCCAAUACCAUCCCCCAUCAAAUCACCUAUCUACAACUCCAGACUGGUCUCUACCUCAGGGUCCUUGGGGCCCCUCUCCGUCAAUCCAGUGCAUAACACCAUGCCUGGGACUGUAACAUCAUCGUGUUCCCCAGGGAACUCCAGCAGGCCCUCGUCCCCUGGCAGUGCACUCCAUGCCAGCAGCCCCGGCACAGCCCAGAGCAACUCCAAAGCUGCAAUGAACUCUACUGGUUUCAACUCUUCAGGAUCUUGGUACCGAUGGAAUCAACCUACCUACCUCCACUGAGAUGACUCCUCCUCCACCAUGUGUAAAAGGAGCUUCUGACUUCUAGCUAUGGACCAACUUCUCUAGGAACAAUGCUUGGGGCAACAUCUGGUGUUCCAGUGCCUUCAAAAUGCUGCCAAAUGAAGGUCUUGUUUAAGGGAGCCCAUAGCAGCAGAACUCUCCAGGGACUCAAACUGCAGCUGACCUUCCCCAAGGAUUCUCGACGCCAUCAGUGACACUGUAAUACUCCUCCAGGCAUUCACUUCAAGAACGAGCCCUUGCUUAGCACUAUUAGCAUGAAACACUGCCCUCUGCUUGCAAAUCUCUGCAUUCACACUGGAUUGCCUGGCAAUCUCUGAUCUGGAAGGAUUUCUAUGUCAGGACCCUCUUUUUCCCCUCUCGCUCAUUUCAGAGCUUCCCAUAAGAAGGGUCUAUCAUGCUGUUACUAUCACGCACACAUACCAUAAACCCCCAAACUGAGCCGAGGUUACCCAGUUCAUUUCACCAGAGACCUGUGUCUAGCUGUGAGCCUUGGUUUCCAAUAGACUCCCAAGGUUGAUGGCACUGUGCUUUACCCACUACCAAACUUGCUUCGCUUUGAGCCGUUCUGUUCUCUUUCUAAAGGGGCUUUUUUUCCUCCCCAGUUUUCUUUCUCCUUUUUAUUUUUUUUUUUAUUAAUAUUUUAGAGCCUUCUUAUUUUUUUCCUUUAAAAAAAAAAAAAAAUGGUUGUCUUUUGCAAAA